CCGGUGGCGGAUAUCCCGCCCCGUGACGUCCCGAUGGCGGCAGGGCUUGAUGCGGCCUGUCCAGGAGGCUCAAUACAGUAGAUGGCGCUGUGUAGCUAUCAGAGCUCUUUCACUGCUGGGAAAGGAUAAAGUAACUUUAUACGUAAGUAUCUUCUUAUACCUAUUUUCAUUCGGUUUAAGAUAAUUUCUUAUAACGGACACUCAGCUCCUGCAGGAAACACCGUCCUGGGGAAUGAGGAGGUUCUGGAACGUUGCCUUGGUUGAAGGGUUCUAGGUUGGCUGUGCUCACAAUAGGUUACCAAGGGUGCUGGGUAGAGGAAAGAUGCACCUGGAACCUGGGCAGUACAGAGGGGUGGACGCCUGCUGGCACUGACCAUGGCUGGUGGGUACCAGCUCUGGGCACCCUGGUCUCCUCUUGAUGAGUCCCUGCAAUGGCUGAGGGGUGCCAGGUCUGUUGGCACCAAGCACCCCUUCCGAAGUGGGCAGAGCCCAGCAGCAGCUGACCUGGAAGUGCAGCUUUGCUUCCAGGGACUUAGCCUGGUGUUAGAGCCUGGUGCAAAGAUGGGGGCAGGGCAGCCGCAACCUCCUGGAGCAGCUGGAGAGACAAGGGGACGCUCCAGCAGUGUGCACAGGCCACAGGUUGUGCGCCUCUCAGGGCUUGACUCUGUCUUUGGACACCUCGUGACAGCACAGCGCCCACGCUGGACUGGCUCUCUCAGGGUCUCUGAGCCCUCGGCCUUCAAUCAAGUCAUAAGUCCCCGCCGGCGCUGGCCCCGUGCACUCCAGGAGCCACAAGUGCGCGUGGCUAUGGCCAUGUGCCGACAGAUGCUGCGAGCCAUCCUUCUCCUCUAUGCUGUCUACAAGAAAUGUGCCUUUGCCCUGCAACAUUCCCACUGAGAAACUUUCCUGACUAAGAAGGGUCAUGGCUACGUGGCACCUUAGCGGAUCCCUGUACAUGUGCCCCAGCAGGCUGGCCUAUUUCCUUGCUCCCUAAAGAACCAGCAGCCUCUAUUUCCCAGUCACGUUCCUCCCACUGAGAGACAAAACUUAGUUACCAGUGUCAGACUAAGGUGUCAGUCCAUGGAGGGACACACUUCUCAGUUUGCAGAGUCCACCAUAUAUGGCCUUUGAUCCCCCGCAAAGAAGAACGGACAAAGGGUCCUGUAGAAACUCUGAAGCUAUCACCCUUGCAAUAUGACAGGCUCUUCAGUGGAAGGAAUAGAUCAGAUACCAAAAGACUAUAAAAAUAAAUAGUUCAAGAGCAGUGGAACUUGGAUCUAACUUGAAUUUUCCCUCUUCCUUAUUGAUUUAUGAUAUUCAGAGACAUGUAGACAGUUACCUGUAAAUAUAAUUUGUACAUCCUUAAGAUGGAAAAGUAGUGGGCAUGAAAGGCAGUACCGGUAGCAGAAAGUGACAUUUGAUCUACAAAUAAUCUGUGACUCAAGUAGAGUGGUUUGGAGCCUGAUGAUUUCCCCCAAAGCUGCCAACCUCUUGUUUUCAACAUGCUAAAUGGAGCCUGUAGGGAAAAUAUUUUUAAAAUGGAAGCGGAAACCUAUUUGUGAAGCAGAGAGACUUUAAAUUUUCAGCACUGGAGAAACAUUCUGCUCUACUGAAUGAAACUGAAAAACAAUUGUAAAAUUAGUUCAAAUAUUCAUUACCCAACAAAGGAUAAUAUGUGGAGCUGAAGACCACACAGACAUGUUUGUGGAUUGCCAGGCGGAGGAGUUUUUAGAGCAUAUAUAGGUAUAGAUAUAGAUAUAUAUAACCUUUGGCUACGAAAACUCAUCUGCCAAUCUUCCUCACCUAACCAAGUGCAGAAAUAUUUUGGUGGUGAAUUAUCCCCCGUGUCAUCUGCCAGUUUUGCCAACUCAGUCUUCCUCUAGAUAAUUUAUGUAUAACUAGAAGCACUAGACCGUCCCCCAGUCACCCCGCAUAACACAGCAAGGACGGAAUAACAAAAGCCCCACAAAUGGAUUUCUAAGGUUGGGGCUCAGGUGGGCCUUGAUUGACCAGUGGCACUUAACCCACUACUCACAAGCCCCUCCAAUCGGUCAGGGAGAGGUGCUCGAGCCCUUUUGAAAGUUGGCAGGGGGCUACCACCUGGAGCUAUUCCCCCCCCCCCCCCGGAGUUAGAGUACUCAGGGGAUAGCUUGGUGCUGGUUUAUUCAGGACAAUCGUUUGGACUGUGUUGGGUUCUUGUUUCAGCAUCUGGGGCUACGUUAGCCCCCUUCAAUUCCUAAAGCUGCUUGUCCAAAUUCAGUGAUUCCCCCUACCAGAUCGACACUUUGGACUUGGAACUCUUUAAGCGCUCAGAGUGGGUGACUGAGAUGCAGUUAGAGGAAUGAGCUAUUCUGGGGUUGGUUGCUAUCUGGCAGCGAGAGCCCCUCUUUGGAGGGUGGGGACAGGUGGGCCUUAAUCCUCCCUCCCUGCCAUAGGCCAGCCUGCUACCUAAGACUGCCCAAGACCCCCAGGCCUCCAUCCUGGGUAAGCAGGAUACCAUUAUGGAUAUGCCACGAUGCUUGCCCAUUUGGAAUGUCUAAUGGGAAUGGGGCUUUUGAAUUCCGAAUUACAGCUAAUGUAGUUAUUGUUCAGUUUUGUAGGAUUCCAAUCCAUGUGGGAAUUGCAAUGAUUUGGUGGCUGAGGAGAAAGCCUUUGGCUCUGUGUGCUUGGAAGUUAAAAGUUGAGUUAUGCUGGGAAACUGGUGGGUGAAUGUCCAAUCUUGCAGGGGAGGGAGAGUAGAAAGCUCCAUUGCACAAGGGGAAAUCUUUGCACAGGGCUUCCACUGGCAGGACUCGUCAGUUGAAUCACACCCUAUACGUCCAGAUAGUACAACACUAGAGAAUCUGAUAUUGCAGAACACACCCUUACAGUCACCUCCGCCAUGGAGGUCCACUGGGGUUAGAAGUGAGGGACAAUGUAGGUAUGUGCCUUGCUUCAUGCUUUUUUGAACCAGGGCAAUUAUGAUUGACAGCUAGAGGAUAACUUACCAAGGAGGAUGGCAGAGGACUGUUGGUUGGAGGUGGUUUCUGGACAGUGCUGUGGCUGGUUUGGUGCCUGAUGCGCUGGGCAUCCUACAGUGGAGUCUGCUGUUUGAGCCAGCUCUUUUAGAUGAUUUAAAAUGUGCAGCUCUGUCCUUUGAGGAAUUAGUCUUGCCUCAAGGGGCUAGUGACAGUGUUAGAGGGGUCCAGAGAGCCCUUGGCCUCUUCAUGAAGGUCGGUUUAGAGGUGGCUUCUAUAAAAGUGGGGACAACGGGGAUCCUGGAGAGAGAAGCACAUAUUCCCUUUACUGGAUGCACCUGAGAUCAAAAUACAGGGAACCAGCAAGUGCUCUAAGUCAGCACCCUAAAUACUCCUGACUGAACUUGAAAAUCUCCUGUGUAUUUCUUGCCUUUGCAUCUAGAUCACCAUGCAAAGGAGUUUUUCUGUGAAGAGAAGGAAGGGGGAGGUACCUGGUGGUGUUCACUGACCAACGCUGCCACCAGCCUUUCAGACGCAGCUUUUGUGUGAGUGUUUUGGGGGAGUCUUAUCAAGGAAUUUCUUGACUGCAAGUUCUCAGUCAUCAGAUUUCAUUGAGCUGGAGACCUUACAGGGAAACAUGUACCAUACAUCACUUGUGAUAAGGUUGUUAUGCAGUCCGUCCUGUGUCAUCUGCACAUCCAUUUUCACAACACACUCACUUUAGCAACUGGCAUACUAGGUGGGGAUCAAGUGAGGAGUUGUGGGGGAGAAGAGGAGCUUCCUACUGAAGACUGGGAAACUUAAAAUGCCUAUUGAAACCACAGUGCUUAAAGGGAAAAGCUGUUGAUGAUGUGCAGCUUACAGGCAUUGCAUGAAUAAAACAAACUCAUCCACCCUUGGGAGCAAACUGUGAUCUAGACUUUUGCAUUAUGGAUACGCAUGUCAAAUUCUGUCUUUUUCAGUGAUUUGUAAUAUACCCUUUUUGACUGGAAACCUUUUGCAUGACACAUUCCAAUAAAUGGUUUGCAUUUUUGCUUGGUGUCUUUGUAGUCAACUCUCCCAUGAGGCAAAGGUUUUACUGACACAGGUUGAGACCUAAGGGAAGCUGAGGCUCAGAGAGAGGGACUCACUCACAACCACAGUAGGAAUAUCCCUGGCCAGCAUGAGGAGCUCUGCAUGCAAACUUCUGUGUGCACCGUUCUUCAGCCUGCUCCAUGACAAGGGGAGCACAUGAGCCAGCAGUCUGGAAGUAUGAGUGCAGCUGAAUGAUGGCAACGGGAAGCAGAAAGAACCACAGGGGGAGUAAAAAUGGGUUGUAUUUGGUCCAGUACCAAGUAAUGCUGUCAGUACAGGGAUUUAAGCUUGUGCAAGCUCAACCCCAUGCUCCUUAGAAAUAGAUUUUGGGGUUUCCCCUACCCUCAUGAACAGAAUUGGGAGGAGGGGAAAACUUUUAUUGCUGCAGCAACAUAUUUUUCACUAAUGGAAGAAUUGUUAUUCCUGGAGCAUUAGCUUUUUUUGCUGCUGCAUCACACUGUUGACUCAUGUUAAACUUGUGGUCCACCAGGACCCUUAUAUCCUUUUCACAUGUACUGCAAGUAUGCCGGGUGUUCCCCAUUGUAUAUUUGUGCAUUUGGUUCCUCCUACUUAAGUGCGGAAACUGACAUUUGUCCCUAUUGAAAUUCAUUUUGUUAGCUUGUGCCAAAUUCUCUAAACUGUUAUGGUCAUUUUGAAUUCUGAUUCUUUAUUCUUCAGCAUUAGCUCCCCCUCCCAGUUUGGUGUCAUCUGCAAAUUCGAUGAGCAUCCUCUCAAUUGCUCAUCCAAGUUUGAGUCCCAACUGAUAUCGGGGAAGUUGAAGGCCCCAUGAUUAAAAUAUCUCUUCCUUUUGAAUGUUUGGUAAUCUGUAAUUCCUCCAUUGCUUCACUGACAAUUUCAUUUCCCAGAAGGUGGAAGCAGCAACAAGGGGAUCAUCUAUAGCAAUGGAUUCAAACUACAAGAAAGAAAAUUCCACCUAAACAUUAGGAAGAACUUCCUGACAGUAAGAGCUGUUCGACAGUGGAAUUUGCUGCCAAGGAGUGUGGUGGAGUCUCCUUCUUUGGAGGUCUUUAAGCAGAGGCUUGGCAGCCAUCUGCCAGGAAUGCUUUGAUGGUGUUUCCUGCUUGGCAGGGGGUUGGACUGGAUGGCCCUUGUGGCCUCUUCCAACUCUAUGAUUCUAUAUUGGACCUGGUCCUCACCAACAAAGAGGAACUGAUUGAUGAAAUGGAAGUACUGGGAACCUUGGGAGAAGCGAUCAUGUCCUCUGGGGGGACUCUAUACGGCCUCGGUCCAGUAUACCUGAAGGAGCGUCUCCACCCCCAUCGUUCUGCCCAGACACUGAGAUCUAGCGCCGAGGGCCUUCUGGCGGUCCCCUCGCUACGAGAAGCCAAGUUACAGGGAACCAGGCAGAGGGCCUUCUCGGUAGUGGCGCCCACCCUGUGGAAUGCCCUCCCACCAGAGGUCAAAGAGAACAACAAUUACCAGACCUUUAGAAGACAUCUCAAGGCAGCCCUGUUUAGGGAAGCUUUUAAUGUUUGAUGGAUUUCUGUAUUUUAAUAUUUUGUCGGAAGCAAAAUUAUUAUUAUUAUUAUAUUAUAAUUGGCUGUAUUGUUUUUUGUUUUUGAAUGUGGUAAGAUUUGGCUUGGUUUGUUAUUAAUAUGAAUGUUUUUUCCUCUUUAUUGGAAAAUGAAUAUUAUUUAUUUAUUUAUUUAUUUAUUUGCAAAAAGAAGGAAAUAGGGCCAGAUGGACCUUGGGUUGAGCUUUGUGUUUAUAUAUAUAUAACUGGAUUUUCGCAAGAAAUACAGAAAAAAAGAAAAAGCAUACAAAACCACUUUGCCCAUUCUUAUUCCCCCAAAUUCUUCACAUUUCAAAAACGAUUAAGAAUAGAAAAAAACAGCUAAAAAAAAGAAAAUACAACAGUUAAAAAGAAAAGUAAAAAAAAAAUACAUUAACAUCAUUCUAAAACUUCUGAACUAAUCCUUUCUGACUUCCUCACCCCCUUCUUGAGUUCUUGUUAUUAAAAUAAUUCUCGCAGUUCCCAAAUCUAACUUCACAUUCUUUUUUCUAAAUUUUAACUUCUUCAUUGCUAUUAACCAUUCUUUUUAUACUUCUACUUCUUUAUUACUAACACCCUCUCUCCAAAAUUGCUAUUAUCUAAUCACUAAUCUCUAUCCCUUACCCAAAAAUAUUUAAACUUAAUAUCCAAAUCUUUAACCCUCACAACGAGUUCCCACCCCCCUUUCCCUGAAAUCGGCGUCUCCAGAUGCAUCAGCCAGGUCCUUAAUACAAUCCUUAAUACAUUCCGAGGUCAGACCAUAUUAUAUCAAACAAUACCAAAUAAUCCAAAACUCCCUCAACCCACCCCUAGUCUGUCCCAAUCCAACUUUUGCUGAACUCUUGCCCUCCUCUUCUGUAAUCCCAUCACUUUAUGUCCUUGCUCAUUAUCAUCCUUUUUCUGCACCCCACCUGUUUGCUUCAUCCCCUCUCCCACCGGGGUACUGAUUUUUCUAUUCUCUUUUUUGGGGUGCUUUUGUAUUCCCAUCCUACCCUGUUUCACCUCUCUCACCAGUGAAACAGUGUUUUCUCCUAGUUUUCCUCCCUGUUCCACCCCUCCCACCGGUGGAACAGUAUUAUUCUCACAAAUUAAGUCUAUUGGUUCAGCAUAUUGUCCUUCAAUGUUGCCUUUCUCCUUUUCUGGUUUUUUUGCAUAAGACACACCAACACAGUCCUGCUCCUCCAAUCUUUUUUCUUCUCUCUUCUCUUGUUUUUCAAUUUCAGUUAGUUCCUCUGUUUUAAAGUCUGAAACAAAUACUUCCACAGUCUCAUCUCUCAAGAGGCAUACAUCAAGUUUGGAGAUACUCACUUCCUUUGUAAGUUCCAGAAUUGUUGACAAUAUUAAAUCCCACUGUGUGUCUUCCUCUCUGCUCUCUAGAACCUUCUCUCCCAGUCCUUUGCCAAAAACCUCCUCCAUCUUUAUUGCAGGCAGGCAGUGGAAUUGUUAUUUUUAUCCAAUAUAGAUGAAAAGUCAAAAGAUCUAGUCCCACUUGGUCAGAAUCUCUCCUUUCACUCCUUCUCCCCCCCCCCAAAGUCAGAACUGAGCAGUCUUAAAGCAAAACAAAUCCUCAUUAUCUGUUCACAACUCAAAGUUACAAUAUACAGCUCUCAGUCUCUCACACUCAGCCAGACGCAUUCCUUUGUAUUGUGACGUCACUCAGCAGACUGACUGAGCCUUCCUUUGACCCGAUUCCAGGUUUACAGGGGUUUUUCCCCAUGUUAAAUCUCAGUCUUUUGCAGAGAUGAAUACACCGCUUACUUUUCCCUUUACUCUGCAUCAGGAAAAAGUUCUUUUGCAGUAUUUCUGGGUUUUCCAAGCUUACUGCGUUAUUUGAUACUCAGUUGGGGGGGGGGAUGACUUCCUUUUUUCUCCGCCUCCCAAUGCCGAAUUCUUAUUCCAAAUUAGUUAAUUUCAACUUACUUCGUCCAAAUCGUGACUUUUUCAGGAAGAAUCCACCGCUUGCAGGCUGCAGGCUCAGGGCUUCGCUUCUUGGAGGUAACGAUGGUGCCCAAAAUGGCUCCUGCGACUGCCACUCAGCUAGCUCUUAGGGGCUCUUGCGGGCUUCCCAGGCAGCUGAGGAGUCGCUUCUGGAGCUCUGCCAGGCAAAAUUUGCCCCCUGGACGCUCAACCAGGGGUAUUUAUGGGGAUCCGCGUGCCCCCGCGGAUUUCCCCCCCCCCUCCGCAAUGCCAGAAACCUCAGAGAUGAGGUUUCUGCGCCUUCAUGCCAGCGCGGCAGACCGGAAGUGAGCUUUGUUGGCUUUGGUUGCUGUUGUGGCCCCAACUGCUUAGCAGGCACCCCCAAACUGCGGCCCUCCAGAUGUUUUGGCCUACAACUCCAAUGAUCUCUAGCUAACAGGGCCAGUGGUUGGGGAAUAUGGCAAUUGUAGUCCAAAACAUCUGGAGGGCCGAAGUUUGGGGAUGCCUGGCUUAGAGUGUUUUAAAUGGCCUUUAGCAUUAUAAUAAUUUUAAAUUGUUUUCAACUGUUGUCAACCUGUUUUAUAAAGGCUCUUUGGGGGAUGUGCCCCAGAGGAGAGGAGCAGGGCCGCCCCAAUCACAGUGGUUUAGGGUAGGGAGAGGUAUGGAGGGGGGGCAGGCCAGGUAAGUCGCACUCGUGCCAGCCCCUCCUCCAACCUGGGGAAUUGUGCUGGUCCUAUCAUCCAGCCCUCAGUCUGUGACUACUAUUGUUGAACGCCAGGGCAGCUCAGAUUUAAAUAAUUUUUAUUUAAGAAGGGUAAAUAGACAUAAAUCUGACAUCAGGAACCACAAGACAGAGAAACCAGUAGGAGAACACUUCAAUCUCCCAGGACAUUCUAUACAAGAUCUCAAAGCAGCUGUUUUAUUACAGAAAAAUUUCAGAAACAGACUGGAAAGAGAAGUUGCUGAAUUGGAACUCAUUACCAAGCUUAAAACCAUGGAGCCACCUGGGAUGAACAAAGACAUCGGAUUCUUAUCUCAUUAUGCAUGAUCAAGCUUUCUUUAGCACCUCAGCCCUUGCUUUUCCCCCGCAGGACCUAUUGCAGUCAUCAGCAGCCGUUAACAGCCAUCCACAGGUUUACCACUCCCAUCAGCCCAUCACCCAUUCCCUCCCACCCCACCCUCUUUAUAUACAUAAGGGUCUGGCUCUUCUGUUUCAAGUGUAUCUGAAGAAGUGUGCAUGCACACGAAAGCUCAUACAAAAAUAAAAACUUAGUUGGUCUUUAAGGUGCUACUGAAGGAAUUUUUUUUGUUUUAUUUAAGAUUUAUUUAAGAUUUAAAUAAUAAUAAUAAGGUAUACCACCCUAUACCUGCAAGUCUUGGGCGCUUCACAGGAUAAAAUCAUAAUAUUAAAACAGGAAAUGCAUAAGAUAAGAUACAAGAUAAGAUAAAUACUUUAUUGUCAUUGUACAGUACAUAGUACAACAAAAUUGAGUGCUAUCCCAUAAAAGCAAAACAAAACCACAAUUACAGCCACACAAACACACACACACACACACACACACAUCACAACUCCCCAAGAUCAUAUUAUUUAGUUACAGCAUUUAAGAUGGAUAUAGCUCUUGGAUAGAAACAAUUUUUUAAUCUAUUUGUUUUUGAUUUAAUUGUUCUGUAUCUCUUGCCCGAAGUCAACGGUGCAAAAAAAAAAAAACUACAGUGUAUCCAGGAUGAGAUGAAUCCUGUAAAAUAUCAUUUGCUUUUUUAAGGCAACGGGAUCUAUAUAGUUCUUCCAGAGAUGGGAGAGGAUGGCCAAUAAUCUUUCGGGCUGUGGUUAUGACCUUCUGGAGCACUUUCCUAUCCAUGAUCUGAUUAUAGAUGAGAAUGUUGAUCUGGCCUGUGUCACUGAGACCUGGGUGGCUGAGCAGGGUGGAGUUGGUCUCGCUCAACUUGCCCACCUGGGUACUUCGUGCAGCAUCAGGGCAGACUUGGGGUUCAGGGAGGGGGAGUUGCUGUGGUCUAUAGAGAUUCUCUAGAGAUGAAUUUUAACAAGGAGAAAUGUAAAGUACUACACUUGGGCAAAUAAAAUGAAAGGCACAAAUACAGGAUGGGAGACACCUGGCUUGAGAGCAGUACAUGUGAAAAGAAUCUAGGAGUCUUGGUAGACCACAAACUUGACACGAGCAUAGCUGCCAAGUUUUCCCUUUUCUCGCGAGGAAGCCUAUUCAGCAUAAGGGAAAAUCCCUUUUAAAAAGGGAUAACUUGGCAGCUAUGGACAUGAGUCAGCAGUGUGAUGCAGCAGCUAAAAAAGCCAAUGCAAUUCUGGGCUGCAUCAAUAGGAGUAUAGCAUCUAGAUCAAGGGAAGUAGUAGUGCCGCUGUAUUCUGCUCUGGUCAGACCUUACCUGGAGUACUGUGUCCAGUUCUGGGCACCACAGUUCAAGAAGGAUACUGACAAGCUGGAACGUGUCCAGAAGAGGGCAACCAAAAUGGUCAAAGGCCUGGAAACGAUGCCUUAUGAGGAACGGCUUAGGGAGCUGGGUAUGUUUAGCCUGGAGAAGAGAAGGUUAAGGGGUGAUAUGAUAGCCAUGUUCAAAUAUAUAAAAGGAUGUCAUAUAGAGGAGGGAGAAAGGUUGCUUUCUGCUGCUCCAG